GAAACCCUUGUCAGAGGAAUAAUUUGGGGGUCCAACUCGAGUUGGGGUUCUACAAGAACAAAUCGAGAUGGAAUCCAGAGAGCUCAUCCUCAUAUUUAUGGCACUAAAGAACAGCAAAACGGGGAGUCUACCUGUCAGCGAGAUUUACAACUUCAUGACUGAACACUUCCCUUACUUCAAGACGGCUCCGGACGGUUGGAAAAACUCGGUCCGGCACAACCUGUCUCUGAAUAAAUGCUUUGAGAAAGUGGAGAACAAGACGGGCAGCUCCUCCAGGAAAGGCUGCUUGUGGGCCCUCAACCCAGCCAAGAUUGACAAGAUGCAGGAAGAGCUGCAGAAGUGGAGAAGGAAGGACCCCGUGGCCGUCCGGAAAAGCAUGGCCAAGCCAGAAGAACUGGAGGUGCUGAUUGGGGACAAGCCAGAGAAACUCCUGUCCUGCAGUCCAGCUGGGGCCGGGGGCCCCUCCGUCUCUGGCCAGAUGCCGCUCCAGCCACUGCCUCUCUAUGCCCAGAAUGGGCAGGGGGCUCUGCCCUCCCCUCUGCCGGCCCAGAGCCCCCCCGCAUGCGGGAUGAAGAUGCUGGUGCCCUCCCGGCCGGAGCUGCUGCUGCUGGACGGCGACCUCAGCAUGGAUGUCGAUGCCUUGAACCCCUCCAUCACCGGGUUCGACCUGCAAGGGAACCUUUGGGAGGCGCUGAAGGACGAUAGCCUGGCGGUGGAGCCCCUGGGGCUCAUCUCGGCCUCCCCGACAGCUGCCCAGCCGGACUUCCUGGCCCCCUGCCUGGCGGAUGCCAACCACAGCGGUGACAAGCUCCCCCAGCACCAGGACUUACCCGACGUCCAACUGACCACGCUUUACUCUGCCUUCCUGGAGCUGGACACGGGACCGGCCCCCGCCUACCUGAACCCUCCGGGCUCCAAACCCGUUGCUCUGGUUUAGACCCCGAGCCAGACCGAGGGGGGGAGGGGAGGGGAGGGCAUAGUUUGGCUGAAAUCCUUCACCAAGUUCUGCAAACCAAAAGCCGGGCUUCCCAGCACCGGGGCCACCAGCUCCUCCAGCCCUACCUAAGUGCCUCUUGAAGUGCCCUCAUCCUGCAUCAGCUCACGGUGCCAGGGACCAAGGAACGGCUCACCACAAGCCAGGAUCAUCAGAAAGCACUUUGGCCGAGACUCCAGACCAGACCUGGGCAUUUUACAGCUCUCUGGCCCUUUGGCUGUCCCUGUCCGGCCGCAGGGAUUGUUUAUUUUUGAAGGCAACUGCUUUUUUCCCCCAAUGUACGUAUGUUCAGGUGUGCAUGCCUUUCCCAGCCCUCCACAAUGGAUGAGUCCCAGAUGCUCAUGUGGCACCCUGGAAAAACUAACUGGCCACCUGUCUUGCAGACAAAGGACCGAGACCACCAGUGAUGCCGUUUGCAAAACAGUGUUCAAAUGAGCUUUCUGGAUGCAUGUUCAAAAACUAGCCCAGGGAGGGGAAGGGAAGGGGAAGGGAGGAAGGAGAGGCUGCCUUACCCAGGUGGUGCCAGGACUGAAGACCCAACACAACUCACUUGGGUAAGGCUGGCAGGGAGGAAGACGUAGCGCCAGGAGGAAGCCAGGCGCCGUAGCCUAGGAAAACUGAGCCCCACCCAGCACCUGGUGCUCCAAAGACAGACGAUGGAUGGGGGCAAACCUCCCAGGAGACCAUGUUCGUCUGAAGCAAUUUUAUAAAAUGCUCUUAUUAACGUACAGAUCAGGAAUGUAGAACUUUGGACCAAAGUCUUCACCCUCUCGGCCACUUUAAUCUUACAAAGACAAAAGUAGGUCCAAAGGUGGUGAGGAAAGGGGCAAAAUCUUUGGGGAGACCUUCGAAGGAGUUUUAUUUAUGCAACUUGCAUCUCCAGGGUGCAUUUUCCCCAGGGGUGGCCAGCCUGAGCCACUUGGCAGUCCUCAAGCCUUAAAGUGGCCAGCAUUGCACACCCUUGGUCUAGCUAGCUGGGGAAUUCUGGGAGUUGAAGUCCACAAGUCUUCAAGUGGCCCAGGUUGGAACCCCUCCCACCCCCACCCCCCCCGUUUCACACCCAAGGGAUGCUUGAUUAAUGUACAACAAUCUCAGUUUUCACCUUUAAUGAAACCCUGCAAAGGGUAUUCAUCUCACAGCUUCUUUUCUUCCACUUCCCAGCACUCUGGAUUUUAUCAAAACUCAGCGCAAUAAAUUCUCUAUUUGCACCGUUCAUUUUAAAGGGAAGGACGCCCUCUAGUGGAGCUACUGACUGGUGAGGCUGUGGAAGUUACUGUGGUGGUUCCUUUGGCGCCAUCUAGUGGCCUCUUUAGGGAAGCGCGACAGAGAACAGAAUAGAGCUGAAAUGGGCUUUGGAGGUCUUCUUUUCCAACCCCCUCCUCAAGCAGGAGACUCCAUACCAUUCCAGACAAAUGGCUGUCUGGUCUCUUCUUAAAAACCUCCAGUGAUGGAGCACCCACAACUUCUGGAGGCAAGUAGUUCCACUGGUUAAUUGUUCUCACUGUUAGGAAAUUUAUCCUUAAUUGCAGGUUGCUUCUCUCUCUGGUUAGUUUUCAUCCAUUGCUUCUUGUCCUGCUCUCUGGAAGCUAAGUGGACCCCCUCUUCUUUGGGGCAGCCCCUCAAAUACUGGAACCUGCUAUCAUGUCCAUCCCCCCCUUCUCCUCCUUUUCUCUCCACUGGCCAAAUCCAAGUCCUGCAACCGUUUUUCUUCUGUUUUAGUUUUCCUAUUUGCUUUUCUUGGGAGAAAGCAGAGCGGGAGGGAGGGGUGUUUUCCUCUGGAAGGAGCAAAGGCCCCCCCUUGGAGUGGACCAGGGUCUGCCUGGGGGCCCCUUCAGGCUCUACUCUAAAGAGUCAAGACGAGGCAGAGGGCAGCAAAAGCCUCGGUGGUGCAGAGGACUAAGUGCUGUUAAGUGCUAGCACUUAGCGGCCAGCUGCCUGCAAUUAGUGCAAGUUCGAAUCUCACCAGGCUCAAGGUUGACUCAGCCUUCCAUCCUUGCGAGGUAGGUAAAUUGAGGACCCGGAUUGUGGGGGCAAUAAGCCUACUUUGUAUAGAACAACACCGCUUGGGGGGGGGGCAAAAGCCCUAAUAAGCAGGUAUAUACAAAAAAGUAUGCAGGCUAUUGCUAUAAUGCAUUGUAAGCCGCCCUGAGUCUACGGAGAAGGGCAGCAUAUAAAUUGGACAAACAAAUGAAUGAAUGAAUAAAAGAAUGAAUGAAAGAAUGAAAGAAAGCACGGUGCCAAGGUGCCGGUUUCUCUUGAUCUGCUGGUGCUCCUCUGCCCCGAGGCGUGCAAGGAGUGCCCACCACAAAGGAGCUUCUGGCUCAAGCCAAGAGAGAUGAGAUAUGGGACUCAAGGCGGCUCAAUCUACCCUGUGCUUGCCCAGACAGUGAGGACAAUUAACCAGUGGAACCGCAUGCCACCUGAAAUCGGCACUCCAUCACUGGAGGUUUUUAAGAAGAGACUGGACAGUCACUUUUCUGAAAUGGUAUAAGUUCUCCUGUUUGAGCAGAGGGCUGGACUAGAAGACCUC